CGCACGAAUCACAAUGCCGCUGAGCUAGCACGGGAGCCGCAUGAUUCUUCGGGAAAGACCGAAGGCCGCCGCGGCCUCCGUCUUUAUAAACACCCAAACCCCUCGGCAAUUUCUUUUAAUGCCCAAAGAUACCAUCAGAAAAGGGGCGACGAAGGCAUGGGAGGAGGAGGAGGAGGAGGACGACGAGGACGACACCGGUCCCAGCCGCCGGUGGCCACGGUGAAGGCGGCGAUGGGUUCGAAACGGCCGGUUCAGAUCCGGUCCGUGUGGGCCGACAAUCUGGACCGGGAGUUCGCCCUGAUCCAGUCGGCCGUUCGGCGGUACCCGUACGCCGCCCUGGACACGGAGUUCCCCGGCGUGGUCCACCGGUCGGCGAAGCACCCGUUCGUCCUCUCCCCCGACGAGCGCUACGCCCUCCUCAAGGCCAACGUCGACGCCCUCCAUCUCAUCCAGCUCGGCCUCACCCUCUCCGACUCCGCCGCCGGCGCCGCCUGCCUCGUCUGGGAGUUCAACUUCUGCGAUUUCGACCUCCGCCGCGACCUCCACGCCCCGGAGUCCAUAGAGCUCCUCCGGUCCCACGGCGUCGACUUCGAAAAGAUCCGCGGCCGGGGGAUCGAUUCCCGCCGCUUCGCCGAACUCUUCGUCUCGUCGGGGCUCGUCCGGAACGGAGCGGUGAGCUGGGUGACCUUCCACAGCGCCUACGACUUCGGCUACCUGAUCAAAACCCUGACCCGCUCCGAUCUGCCGGCGAGAUUAGAGGAUUUUCUCCGGCUGGUCAGGGAUUUCUUCGGGGACCGGGUGUUCGACAUCAAGUACAUGAUGAAAUACUGCGAUAGCUUAUACGGAGGGCUGGAAAGGCUGGCGAGCAUCUUGAAGGUGGAUCGGACGGCGGGGAGGUGCCACCAGGCGGGAUCGGAUAGCCUGCUCACGUGGGAGGCCUUCCGGAAGAUGCGGGAGUUAUACUUCGGACAGGAUGGCGCGGAGAAGCACGCGGGCGUCGUCUAUGGACUUGAGGUCUGCUGAGAUUUUAAAUUAUUAUCUUUUAUAGAUAUCAUAAUAGGCUGUUCGCGUAGGAAUAUGAUAUACCACCGUCCAUCUCCAAACGGAUCGGUCAUGCCCCGGGAUAUCACAGCUCAGUGGUGCUUUCUUUUGCAAUAAAAGAACUGAUUGAAAAUAUGCCUUAUAUUUUAAUAUUUUUCUACAAUUGCUCUCCCUCAACCUCACCAAAGAACCCUGCAUCACCUAUGCGAGGCGUAUUAUUUUUGAGCGAGACUCGAUCAUGAUAAUCGAAUAGAUUUAGAAUCGAAAGUACGCUGCUGGUGGGAUGUGACUGUUCCAUAAUAUAUGUAAUCUUUUGAGUGAGUAUGCUUUUUAUCGGACUAUACAUGUCUACAAAGAGACGAAUAAUGCUAUAGAUUGGGUGGCAUUCUAUGCAGCUCAUCACUUCGAAUA